AUGCCAAAGAAAUUCAGAGGGGAAAAUACCAGGGCCAACGAGCGUAGAGCUGCUCAUCGGGCAGAAGUAAAUGCGCAACAAGCAGCAGAGCAGGAACGCCGGGAGGCAGCGGAAUGGGCAGUAGGCUCGAAGGACACUUCGAAAAGAGAUCUCGAAAGGGCCAGAAGGGAAACUCAACGAGCUAGGAAAGCAGAAACAGCAACAUUGUUGGAACAGGAAGAGAAAGAUCUUUCAAAGAACAAACCUUUACUCGGACCUGCGAGGGUUUCUGGAGCGGAGAGAAAAGCAGCAAGAAAGGAACAGCAAAUAGAGACAGUUGCCCAAGAGAGGCGGGAAAUUCCGACAUACGCUGCUUCUAACAUUGAUGAUGCCUUAGAUCUGUUGGCUCUAACAACAGAGUCUUCCAUUCCAGCUGGCAGUUCAACAGGGCCUGGAAGCACAUCUAGUGCUAUCGACCGGCAUCCGGAGAGACGUUUUAGGGCUGCUCUUGCUGCCUAUGAAGAACGUGAAAUGCCAAAUCUCAGAAAAGAGUAUCCUAAUCUACGACGUACACAAUUACGAGAUAUGCUGUACAAGAAUUUCCAGAAAUCUCCCGAGAAUCCGUUUAAUCAAACCAACGUAUUACGGUAUAACGCGUCUAAAGAAGAGGAAGACAAGUUUAUUGAGACGACGAGACAGGGACUUGAGGAUCGAUUGAGAAUAGAUUGA